GGGACAAAGCCCUGGGGCGGCCAUGACCGGAGCGUGUGUUCCCGCUCCCGUGGGGUAGGGGUGCAGCGAGGGGCGCGGGUCCGGCCCCGCCUCAGCGUGCGCCGCUCGCCCGCCACAUGGAAGCGGAGGAGGAGGAGGCGUGGAGGCGGAAGCUGGAAGCCGGCAGGGCCAAGUUUGCUUACUUCAGACAACGAAAAGCAAAAGGCAACAACGCGCAGUCGCAGAAAAAGACGGCGAAGAGGAAGGGUUCGGCUGUCCACCCGCAUGACCUUCCGCAGGAAGAGUACGCACUAGCGGCCCAAGGCGCUGGUAAGGGUAGAGAGGGUAAGGCUGGAGACACCAAUCUACUGGAGCUUGAGGCUGGAGAUGCCAACCUACUUGAGCUUAAGGCUGGAGACACCAAUCUACUGGAGCUUAAGGCUGGAGGCAGCAACCUGCUAGAGAGUAAGUCUGAAGACACUAAUCUACUAGAGGGUUAUGCUGAAGACAGCAGUCUACUAGAGGGUAAGGCUGGAGACACCAACCUACUAGAGAGUUAUGUUGAAGACACCAACCUACUGGAGCUUAAGGCUGGAGACGCCAACCAACUAGAGUUUAAGGCUGAAGAUGCCAACUUACUAGAGCUUAAGGCUGGAGAUGCCAACCUACUACAGAGUUAUGCUGAAGAUGCCAACCUACAAGAGAGUAAGGCUGAAGAUGCCAACCUGCUACAGACAGCAACAGAGAUAGAGGUUAAUGAGGUGCUGAGGAGUACAAGCUCUGCGAAAAAUGAAGUAUUAGAAGCCCAGCAACAGAUGUCCUUGUUUCAGAACUGUCUCAGAGAGCAAAAUGCACAUUUGGAGAUGCUGCGUGAGAAAGCACAUGACUUGGAAGUGCAGCUCGAGUCUUCUCAAAAGAAUACCAAAGAAAAGACGUUUGCCCAAACGGAAGAGAAUAUGAAAGAUACAAUGCAACAGCUACACAAAAGCACAGAAGAAAAAGAACAAGAUAUUAAAAGUCUCCAAGAUCUACUGGCAUCAGAAAGAUUUAGCUUGUCUAUACUACAACAUACCCUUUCUCUCCGGGACUCAGAAAUAACAGACUUGAAAAAUGAAAUAGCUUUAUCCAAAAUAAAAGAACAACACCACAUUGAAGAACUGAAAAUCAGUCACGAGAAGGAUAUUCGCAGACAGUUGGAGAACUUGAGGGCAGAGCUGGAGAAGUGCCACAGAAGAGAAAUUGCAGAAGCCAAGCGGGUAUAUGAAGAAGAAAUGAUUUUAAAAUAUAAGAAUGAACUUGAUGAGUUAAAAAAAGAACUCUGUGCUCUGAAUUCUGAAGAGCAUGUUCAGAGUUUGAAUGGCAUAAUAAUUGACUUAAAUAAUAGCCUUCAUGAGUCCGAAAUUAAUAAAGAAUCUUUGAGAAAGAAACUUGAGAACCAACAGGAAGACUUCCAGAGAGAAAAAUCUUCAAUUGAGACUAAAUACAAGGAGUUAAUUGAUGGCCUUAAGUUGCAACUUUCUGAUGCAGAAGAGCAGCUCAAGGAAGCUGAGCAAUAUAAACAAGAAAUACAGUCCUCGAAUGGAAAGAUUCAGAAACUGAAUUCUUUCAUCAAGGAAUUAAAUGAGAAGCAACUUCAUGAGCAAUAUGAACAAGAAAAACAGUCCUCGAAUGGAAAGAUUCAGAAACUGAAUUCUUUUAUCAAGGAAUUAAAUGAGAAGCAACUUUGUGAGGCUAAAAACACUAUAGACAUAAGGCAAAAGCAUGAUGAAGAGAUUGUUUCCAAUGAAACGUUAAUGAAAUUGAGGGAAAACCAGACUUUUUCAGAGAUGAGAGCAGAGCUUGAUGAGAUGUGGAAUAAAGCACACCAGUUGACAGAUGAAGAUGAGCUAGUUCAUGAAGAACUAGAGUUUCAUCAUGGCUUCGGAGUAGACUCCUCAAGGAAUCAAUUAAUAGAAAUUAAGAAUUCAGAGAUCACAGAGAAUAAUGAAAAUAGUGAAGCUGGUAACCUGUCUCAAGAACACUUGCCAGAACUGGGGCUUUUCAGUGGUGAUGAAGGUAUAUUGGCUAAAUACCUCAUCUCCACAGAGAGACCAAGAGAGUCAUAUGCAUCCAGCACUUCUGAAGGUUAUGCCAUUGAAGAAGGUAGGUGCAGUAGGUAUGGGUUAGACAGUAGUGUGCUUCUAGAAGCCAGCAGAGACUUUCUAUCUCCAUUAAGCUUUGGUCUUGAUGAGGAAAGACAUCCUAGUGAUUUGGCUGAAGAGACUUUUGAAGAGACUGAGGUGAGUGCAAAGGCCUUUGUUUCAUUUUUGUCAGAUAGCUCCCUGCACCAAAGCAAAAUAAGUGACCAUGAUGUUGAUGUAAAGGAUGAUGAGACAACCAAUUUAGUAGAGAGAUGUCUGAAGCUAAAUGAGCAACUCCAUGAGAAGGAGUCAGCCUUGAAGAAAUCUUAUCAGGAGACCCAAGAAGCUAUUGGAAAAUGGGAAAAAGUAAUGGCUGAGCUCUCUCAAAUGCGUGUGGAACUGGAUGAGGAACGUGAAGCACGGAUCUGUUGUGAGAAACAACUUCUUCAAAAAGCAGAGAAGGAGAAAGAACUUGAAAACAAAAUAAUGUUUCUAAUGAGGCAGCAGGGUGAGGAUGGAGAAACUUCAACACAAGUGUCAAAAUUGUCUACCUGGCAAGAAAUGAUAAAAGACCUCCAGGAGGAAAGAGAAAUGUUGAUGGUGCAGCUGCGAACUCAGGAGCAAUUAGUGAAAGACGUUCAAGAGCAGAAAACAGCUUCUGAUUCUGUAACAAGUGAAGUACAGUCUCUUUUUGGUCGUCAGUUAGCUGCUUUGCAAAGUCAGAGGGAUCAGAUGCAAAGCCAGCUUGAUGCUCAGAAGGCUAAAAACCAGACAAUAGCAGAGCUGCUUGGUCAGAAAACCGUAUCUGAAGAGACAUUGCUAAAAGAACAGGAGUUGCUCAAAGCUGAAAUAAAUAAUAAAGAACAAAAAUUAGCACUCUUAUUGGAGGAAAAAACAGCCUUAGGAGAGAGAUUAUCUGAUGUGGAGGUGGAUCUGAUAAAAGCAGGAAAAGCACUAGCAGAGAAUGCUAGCAUCAUUGAGGAUCUUGAGAAAAACAUACAGGACCUUAAUGCUGAAGUGAAGAACCUCAAAGAAAUACAGGAGUGUGAAAGACUGGAAUAUGAGGAGAGGUUAAACUUCAGCAACCUAGAAAUCCAUAAACUUAAUGCUGAAAUAAAGGCCAAAAGUACUGAAUACAGUGAGGAAAAAAGCCAGUUGACUGAAGAAAUUGCCCAUUUGAAGAAGGCUCAUUUGGAGCUUGAGACUCGCUUGCAGGAAUCCUUUCAGUCUGCACAAGCUGCAGAGGAGGCACAAGCCAAGAUGGUGAAACAUUACAGAGAGGAAAUAGAUAAAAUGGAGACUCAGCACUGUGCUGAAUUAACUAAAGUGAGUUUGACACACAAGAAAGAGAUAGAAGAAUUAAAGGCUGAAAUAAAAGAUAAAGUAGAAAACCAGCAAAAGUUGGAAGAUGAAAAGAAGGAACAGAUUUCUUUAAUAAAAAAGGUACAUGAACGAGAACAUGAUCGUGAAAUCUCUGAGCUGAUCACUAGACAUGAAGAGGAAAUGGAGAAGCUCCGUGCUGAGCUAAAUAAAGAACAGCAGCUCGUGUUGGAUGAACUUCGGCAGCAAAUGGCAGCCACACACAAAGCAGAGAUUGAGCAGGCUCAGCUCCAAGCCCAGACACUGCACAGCCUUGAACUGGAAGCUUUACGUCUAAGCUUAAAUAACAUGCAUACCUCUCAGCUUGAGCUUACCCAGUCUAACUUGAGAAAAGAAAAGGAAACUGCCCUCGUGGAACUCCGGGAGAUGCUCAAUGAUAAGCGUGCUCAAGAGGUAGCAAUUCUGCAGAGCCGCCAUCAGCUGGAGUGGGAGAAGAUUAAAGAACAAUGUCUGAAGGAAAAAGAAGACCUAAAGUCAAAGCAUCAGCAAGAACUAGUUGAUCAGAGAAAGAAAAUAGAAUUGGAAAUGGAAGAGAAACAUACCCAGGCAUUAGAGACUCUCAAAAGAGAUUGGGAAUUGGAGUCUGAUAUGCAUUUAAAAAACAUGGUUGAAGAGCUGUCUGCAAAACAUCAGACUGAAAUGGUGGAACUGCAGAAAACUCUGGAAAUGGAAUUGGAAAAAGUCAAAACAGAGCUGGGUGUUCUUUCUCUGGAGAAUGAACAGUCUAAAAUAAAAUGUGUAGAACUGGAGGAGCAACACGAGUUAGCCAUUACAGAAUUACAACAGCAGCUGCAGGCUGAACAUAACCAACUCCUAGAAAAUAUGAAGAUGAAAAGCCAAGAAAAAGAAGAGAAUCUUCAGAAAGAGCUGGAGAAACUUCAGGUCAUGCAUGAAGAACUCAAGACUCGUUCACAGGAAGAAGUCAGGCACCUUUGGUCUCAGCUUGACAGUACCCGAGCAAAUCGACAAGAGCUAAGUGAGCUAAAAGAGCAGCUCCUGGCUCGUGCAUCACAGGUGGAAGAAAUAGAGCAUUUAAAACAAGAAUUUGAACAGCAGUGUCAGCAGAGAAAAAGUGAGCAUGAAGCUGAAUUGGAACAACUGAGACUUUACUUUGAAAAGAAGCUAAGAGUUGCUGAAGAAAACUACAGAGAAGAGUUGACUUUGCUGCAUCAGAGACUGCAAGAGCUGAAGGAAUAUUCACUGUCAGAGUUGGAAAUGAGUCAAGAUCAAGCAGGGGACAUGAGUUCUUCUGUCACAGUUUUUGAAGAGGCUGCUGAGAAAGAGAGAAAGGAUACACUUGUUCAGCUAAAUCAACAGCUGGAGCAUCAUCAGGAAGAACUUGCCUGUUUGCAGGUACAACUUAAAGAGCAACACAGGUAUGAAUUAGAUUCCUUAAGGUCUUCCCUUGCACUUCAAUAUAAAGAGGACCUAAUGAAAAUGAAGAUGGAUCUGUCAGACAAAUGUAGAACAGAAAUUGAGGAAAUUAAAAGACAGCAUUGUUUAGAACUUGAGCAGCUCCGUGCCCAGCUUUCAGAAGAACAUUUAAAAGAAAUCACCAAACUGCGCCUACAGAGCGCUCAAGAUGCAGCACGUCAAGUUGAAAUGGAGGUGGCUGAGCGCAUGUCUGUGCUGGAGGAAGAGCACAAAGCUAGGCUCUCCCUCCUCAACUCUGAGAAACAGCGUAUUGCAGAGCUUUUGGAAGAAAUAGAGCAUCUAAAGGAAGAGAUUACUAAACAAAAAGAUUCAUUUGUGCAGAAUGAAAAGCAUCUGAAAGAUGAAAUGGAAAAGAUAAAAUACGAAAUGGCUGAGGAUCACAAGAAUAAAUUAAGAGAAGCCAGAGAAGAAGUCCAGAAGAUAGAGACUAUGUACAAAGAAAAAGAGAGCAAAUGGAAAUGUGAAAGAGAAGACCAGAGGAUCCAAGCAGAGGAGAAGUUAUCACUGUUGCGUCUAGAACUGCAAAAUAAAGGCGAAUGUGAGAAGCAGAAGUUACAAAAGGAGUUUGAACUCCGUGAAGCUGAAAUGAAUCAACUUCGAGAUCACCAGGCUGCCAAAAUUCUGGAAUUGGAGAAGCUGGUAAAAGAGCAGCAAAACAACUUGCAGCAGCUAGAGGACAGCCUUGCAAGUGCACAGACUGCGCAGAAAGCUCAGGAGCAGUAUGACGCUGACCUGCAGGCAGCCAAAGCACUCAUGGCAAGAGAAAUGGAAAAGGCCACGCUUUGUCUGCAGGAAGAAUGUGCACUGAAAGUUAUGGAAGCACAAACCAAAUUUAUGGAGGAACACAAAGCCAUGACUCAGAAAUUCACAACUGAGCAAGAGAUUCUUCUGCAAGAUCUGAAAGAGAAACACAUCAAUGAGCUGGAACUCCAAAGUCAGCAGUUACAGGAGAAGCAUAAGCAGCAAAUUUUGUCUCUUACAACUGAGUUUCAGACAAAGCACCAAGCUGAAAUUGAGACACUAGAAAGUAAACAGCAGAUCCAGCUUGAAGCUCGUGUUGCUGAACUACAGACAAAGCACCAGGCACAAAUCGAUGAGCUGGAGGCUAAACACUUAUCAAAUCUGGAUUCCUUGGAGUCAUCCUACCUAUGUGAAAUUCAGAACAUUAGAGAUGAGCACAGUCAGGCUGUUGAGAAGCUACAGCAGCAGCACACAGAACAGCUCCAUGAAAAGGAUAAAAUGAGUCAAGCACGCUUGGAUCAGGAGAUAGAGACGUUGAAAUUAAAGCAUGCUGAAGAACUUCAGCUUUCCCAAAAUAAGUUGAAAAUUGAGCUAGCUACCCUUCAUAUGGAAAAACUUAAAGCCAUGGCUGUUGAAGCAGAAGCAGCUCAUAAGGAUGAAUUGCACACUGCUCUUCAAAAUCAAAGAAGGUUGCUGGAAGAAGAGAAACGUCUGGCCCUGGAUGUAUUACGUGAAGAAGUGUUGCAUAUGGAGGACAAGCACAGAAAAGCACUCCAAGAACUUCAGGAUCUUCAUGAGACAGAAAUGAAGAAACAUAAGGAAGAAUACUCCAGGGAGCUGGAAAAAGAAUUGGAGAAAUUAAAAGCACAGCAUGAACAUGAGCAAAAGAUGUAUGCUUCUGCGUCGGCCUCUGAAGUAGAAACUGCACGAUCAGCUCUUCUGGCUCAAUUUGAGGAGGUAAAAUUGAAGCAACAACUCCAGUUCCAGGAAGAGAUUGAGCUGCUGAAGUGUCAGUCGGAGGUACUGCUUGAGCAGCAGAUUGCACAGCUUAAGGAAGAAUUUGAAGCUGAAAAAAAGGCAUCACUGCAUGACAAGGAGCAGAUGUUGAUUCAGGAAAGGGAGAAGGCACAGGCUGCUCACCAGAAGGAGCAGGAGAUGCUAUCAGCCCAGCUGCAGGAAAAAGCAGCAAUAAUUAUCCAGCUGGAAAAGAAAGUGGAGCUUUUAAACCAUGCCAUGGAGGAGACCAACUCUGAGCUGGAGACACUCCUUGAGCGGCGGGAUAGAGAAAACCUAGAAGGAGGGAAUUUGGUAGCCAUGUUGAGAUCUGAUAUUGAGCAAUCCAAGGAGGAAAGGAAAAAACUGCAGGAAUCUUACCAGCAUGUUUUGAAAUUGCUUAUGGAGUUGGUGAAGGCCACAAUAGCUGUUGAGGACCUUAUCAGUAGCAAGAUUGGUCUUUGCCUUGAUGACAGUGUGUCUUUUGGAGAUUCUAGAGAAGGUCACAGUAUUAUGGAAGAAAUGGGAUUCAUGCAAUAUUUCAAAGCCAAAGAAAAGCAUCACCUAGAGAAGGUCGAUGAGCUGCUUGAUGAAACUCUCACAGAAGACAACCAGCUGUCUCCAGUGACUGAUGAGGGGUCUGAAUUGAGCCAAUACUUAUGUGAAAGUGUUUUUGCAAAGCCAGAAUUGGCAUGUGAAAAUGAAGAGAUGAUACUGAAAACUUGUCGCCGUUUGCACACCGCAGUGGAGAGACUUCUGGAACUGGUUACAGAAUCAACUAAACAACUGGAGAAAAUGCAUGAAAACCAAGCGCAAUUUGAAGAAGAACUCAGCCGCCAGAACCGGGAAACUGCCCAAGUGGUAAGUCAGCACAAGGAACUCCUGGAGUGCCUCGGCGAGGAGAGUAAGGCCAAGAAUCAGCUGGCAUUAGAGCUUCAUAAAGCAGAGGGCAUUAUUGAAGGCUAUGUUGCAGAAAAAGCUGCCUUGGAAGAGGCCUUGAAUCUGAAAGAGGAAUCUGAACGCCACCUUAUUGUGGAGCUGGAGAAUAUGCGUGAACGCUUCCAGGAACUAACCCAGGAGCAAGCAAUCCUUGGUCUACUGAAGGAAGUAGAAUUUUUAGCAAAGGAGAAAUUAGAUCUUCAGUGUCAGGCAGAAAAGGACCAUUCCAACUUACGCUCUCAAAUGAAAGUGUUGGAGGUGGAACUGGAAGAACAGCUGCAUAGUAAUCAAGACCUUGCUACCCAGUUAUUGGAGGUUGCUGAAUUAAAACAGCAAAUUCAAGUGCUUGAAAAACAGCUUAAAAACCAGCGGCAAUUCAUGGAUGAACAAGCUAUAGAAAGGGAACACGAACGUGAUGAUUUUCAGCAGGAAAUUCAGAAACUGGAAGAACGGUUAAAACUUACAGCAAAAUUGCAGACUUCAGGAAAACCCAGGGAGUACAGGGUAGAAUCUUUGCAAGCAGAAAUAAAAGAGAAGAUGGAUGAUUACAAUAAGCUGUUACUAGAAAAGGAGCAAAAACACCAAGAAAUUACAGCUCGUGAUAAAGAGAUAGAAAAACUGGUGGCACAGAUCGGAGAACUGAAGCACAGCAGUACUGAAGUCUCAAAGACCGUACACUGCUUGGAACAGCAACUGCACAAAAUGAAGAAAGUGGAAACUGAAUUAAAACAAGAUAAAGAGGCAUUGCAACAGCAACAGUACAAUAACCUGAUUCAGAUCUCUGCCCUCCAGUCCAAAUUGGAUGAAGCGAGGCACAGGGUGCCAGCAGACAGCAGUGCCGCUCCAGUGCUGAAGGAGCAGUUAGAAGCAGAGCAAGAAGCACUUCAGUCAAAAGAGAGAGAAAUUGCAAGCUUGUUAGACCAACUAGAACAGUAUAAAGAGAAUUUGAUCAGUAAAAACGAGGAGAUAUUGCAGCUGAACUUGCAGUUAGAGAUGCAAGAAAAGCUCAGCACUUCCAGCAUCAGCCAGCUUCAGUUAGAGAAUGCACACUUGAAGGAGGAUCUAACAAAACUUCAUGUGAAGCAAAAUCAGGAUCUGGGUAUUAGUGAGUCCUCAACUUUAUCAUUCCCACAAGCACUACUUGAAGAAAAGAAUCAAGAGAUCGAUCACUUGAAUGAACAAAUUAGGAGGCUGCAGCACGAGCUAGAGAACACUCUGGAGGAUAAAGUAAAAGUUGUGGAAGAGCAAAAAUCUGAAAUUGAAGAACUCAGAUCACUUGUUGAGCACCUUCGCAGUGACCAGGAAAGGCUGCAUAAGGACAAAGAUGAAGAGGUAGAGCAACUCCAUGGAGUAAUUGAGAAGCUUCAAAAAGAGCUGGCACAACUCGGACCAGUAUGUCAUGAACUUAGUGACAACCAAGAUGAUCUCUAUCAACUUACAUUGGGAAAGCCAGUGGAAAACCUUCAGAAUGAGUUGAAGGAGGGACUGUUGGACUGGCAGGGUGAUAUUGAUCCAAACAGAAGAAACGUAUUGCUACUCUGCAGAGUGAGAGAACUUCAAGAAGAGGUAGAGCUUAUCUCAGCUGCUAGAGAAGCUCUGCAGCACCAACUGGAAGAGAAGGAAUCACAGUUCAAACUGGAAAUGGAAAUUUUGGAGAAAAAAUGCCAAAAAUUACGGGAGUCAUCAGAGCAGCAUGUUGCAGAGCUGACCUCUCUGAGAACACAGUACAACACGCUUCAGGAAGAGCACAACCUUUUCCAAACCCGUUUUUCUCAGAGGGAGGCUGAAGCCAGGGUGACUUCUUCUCGCCUUCAAGAACUUGAAGAGGCUGUGAGAGAAAGGGAAGCAAAUAUUCUAGAGAAAAAUAGGCAAAUGAAGCGAAUGGCAGAUCAACGAGAAGCUGACACAACCGAGUUGCAACACUUAACAAAAAAGGCAGCAGAGCUUCAAACUGAGUUGGAAAAGAGAGAUGCAAGUCAGGCUCAAGAUGUUUAUAGUCUUCAAUUAGAAGUUUCCAGACUUGAUUCCCAGGUGCAAGCACUGAAUCAGAAAGAAGUAGCUUAUCAGAGAGAAAUCAGUGAGCUGCAAGGUAGCACUGCAAAACUGAAAAAUCAAAUCAAGGUGUAUGUGAAAGAGCUUGAAGCCUUACAACUGGAAAGGGGUGAGCUGAUUUCACAGUUGGAGUCGUGCAAGCCAAGAGAGCAACGUGAUCAGGAGGAGACUUGCCUUCCCAAGCCUCUCUGCCAGGGAGAAAGAAAAGGUGUAGCCCUUAAAAGAGGAAUGGAGGAAUUGGAAGAACUGGAGGCAAAUGUUGAUCAGCCACUUGCUGUACUGGCUUCCCCCACUGAUAAACAGGACAAAGAUGAAGUUGUGUUUGACUCAAAGACUCACAAUCUAAAUCCAAAAACUCCAAUCAAGCAAUCACAAGAAAAUAUCUUGAGUCGGGAAUUGGAUGCUAUCAACGACUCUGAAGAGGAGGCAAGAUUUGAAAAAGCAUUGGCCAGCAAAUGUGAAAGUCAUCAAACUCCUGAUGCUCCAAAGCACAACUUGAACAUAGGCAAAAACCAAUUUGACAGAUUUCCAGAUUUCACUGCAGGUAUGGCUUCAUGGGGGUCACCGGAGAUUAUGAGAAAGCAAGACAUAAGCCUGGAUGUUCAACCAGUCCUGACACCCUUUUCGGAAGUGGAAAGCACAGAUCUUGAGAUGAUGCACACCAGGUCAUCCAUACAGGAAGGUAAUUCUGGAUUGCUGGGAUGUUCUAACCUGUAUGAAAACAGCAGUGAUGAAGCAGCAGUGGGAGUAGAUAGAAAAUCUCCUGCUUUCUCUGAAAGUACCUACUCUGUUGAUGAUGACCAAGAUAUGGAGAAGAAGAUUUUGAUGAGAGAAGCUGAUAAUCUAACUUUAACCCCUUCGGAUUUACAAGAUGAUGUAAGAUCAAGAGCAUCUGCUGUAGAUGAGAUGAGUGAUGGAUAUGGCAGCAAUACCAGCUCAAAUUUGGCAGCUAAACUGAAGCAGGAGCUACAGACUUCAGAGCACCUAGAUGCUGGGUUCAUGGCUUAUCUGCAGUACCGUGGAAUGUUUCCAGAUUUUAUGGAAUCAGUGAGAGAAAAGGAAAUACUUUCACCACAGCUGAAGACUGUGCUGAAGAUGGUGUAUGAGGAGAGCCGCAAAAUCCUGGCUUUGUCAGAAUGUCCCUUUGAUUUCAGGGAGCUGAGAAAUGUCCAUCAGACCCGAGCAGCGAUGGAGGGAUGGCAGAAGGAGGGCUUAGCCCUGCUGGAUGCUAUACAGUCGCUGAAAGAUUACCUUGGCAAGGUCGAAGAUAGAGGAGACAAGGAGGAGCAGAAGCAGAUGGUUGUUGAGCACCUUUUCUCCUCAGACCGGAAUAGCUUGCUCUCAGAAAUACAGGACCUCCGAGCUCAGCUACGUAUGACACAUCUUCAGAACCAGGAGAAGCUACAGCAGUUACAGGAAACCCUUACCAAUGCAGAGGAACAUGGGAGCAAACGAGAACAUCACCUUCGGAGGAAAGUUGAAUUAUUAGAAUAUAAGCUUCAGGAGGAAAAAUCUAUUGUAAGUGACUUGCACAGCACCCUGUCUGAGGAGCAGAAGAGAGCCUCUGAAACAUGUGAUCUCUUGAAUCAAGAAAAAGCAGCCCUGAAAUCAGAGCUUUCUGAAAGUAAGCAAGAGAAUGAAAGGCUGCAGAUCCUAGAAGAGCUUCAGAGGGAAAUGAACCAGUUACGGUUCUGAGUGGAUUAAAAGAAAAGGAUGACAGCUGCACUUGAAGACUUGAAGGCUGAGCAUCUGAAGCAAACUGAGCUACAAGGUUUGUUUGAGAAACAGCUUCAGCAUAAGGAGAACAGAAUAUGAAAAGACAAAGGCCUUGGAGCUUACAGGCUGCCUUGGAGCUGCAAGUUGAUGCAGAAGAGCCAGCUGGCUGUUUCCUUGGAGCACGAGCAAACAGUCAAUGAUAAUCUCCGCAAGGAACUUCAGAUCGAGCACUCCCGCUGUGAAGCUUUGCUGGCACAGGAAGAGGCCAAGCUUUUGGAGCUCCAGAAAAAUCUGGAUGCUGAGAAGAAUCGCACCUUGGAGCUCCUGAAUUCCUUAAAUCACGAACGUGUUUUGACAGAGCAGUUGAGCGUGAGAGUGAAGGAAGGUGCUUCUUGUCAGUACAGGGAGUCGCUGCUGAACAAGCCUUGUGUUCGAGAGCUCCAAGCCCAGCUGGAAGAAGAGAGGUCCCGAAGCAUGGAGCUAGCUGCUAUCAUUGAAGAAAUGCACCAGAAGGCCAUUCGUUCCAAAAGGCAGCUGGAGGCUGAGGUACAGAUGUGCUGUGAAGAAACCCAGAAGGAGAGAGAAGUCAAUGACAAGUUACGAGCUAUGCUGGAAUCUCUCCAGGCUCAAAAGCAAGAGCAGAACUUGGAACAGCAACACCAGAGAGAUGAACAAAGAAUUAAAGAACUGCAGCGAACAGUGGCAAUAUUAGAAGAACGAACUCUCCUGUCACCCAACCAUCAGCAAGAACUGUUGUGUACCUCAAACAAAGAUCGAAACGUGAAACAGGCCGUGACAAAAGAAACUGAGAAACCACAUUUGCAACAGCAGCAACAACAGCUAGAGAAGAUAAGGCAGCAGUUGCUUUCUGUAGCUGUGCACAUGAACGAGUUCAUAGAUAAAACUGUGGAUAAAACAAUUAAUGAUUGGCCUGUAUCAAAUGAUGAAGCUGUAGCCUCUUACUGCAGACGUUAAAGGAACUAAAAAUCAGAUUUAUUAUCUCCUCCUGCAUCUCAGAUCAGAUCUACGUGUGAUACCAACUCUGUUCAAGAACUGGAAAGAGAAUCCUGGCAGCGAGAGAGAAACAUUUUGCAGAAAGCUCUGAAACAGGCUGAAUCAGAACUGGCUAAAGCCAGUGCUGGAAUUGCAAAUAAACCACUGGUAGAAACUUCCAGCCCUAAGUUGCAGAGAUUAUAUAGGAAGUAUCUCAGAGCAGAGAGCUUUAGAAAGGCUUUGGUUUAUCAGAAGAAGUACCUCUUGCUCCUUCUUGGUGGAUUUCAGGACUGUGAGCAAGCCACCCUCUCCCUAAUAGCACGCAUGGGAAUCUACCCCUCACCUGCAGACCUGCAGCUUUCUGGAUCACGUUCCCGUCCUUUUACCAAGUUCAGAUGUGCAGCCAGGGCAAUCAUUGCCAUAUCAAGGUUAAAGUUUUUGGUGAAGAAGUGGAACAAAGUUGGCAGGAAGAGCACACAGGCUGAAACCAUUUCUCACAGUACAGGAGGUUACACAGCCCCUGGUGCUCGAACUGAGGUGCUGGAUGAGCUGCAGCCCCCAGCCGUGAGCUCCCCCCCGACCCGGGACACCGGGCUGUGCCCCAGAACCAGCUCCACGAGGUUGGGGAGUCCCUGCUCCAGAGCAUCCCACCGCCUACCCCGCAGACUGCAUCCGUCCCCAAGUUCAGGUUCAGAAAAGUCACUUGUGCCUACCGAGGAUCCUGAACGAUCCCUAACGGAAUACAUCCAUCGCCUGGAGGUUAUCCAGCAAAGACUGGGGGGUAUGCACCCAGGACAAGUUCCAGGCCCUCCUCGCCAGAGGAACAUGAAGUGAUGAGGAUGCUCCUGAGAUCCAUACUGCAACGCCUUCCCUCAGUUACUGCUUCCUUCUGAGUCAGUCCAUACGUAACAGAGGCACUUGUGACCUCUUGUGCAACUGAAGAAAGGGCAGUGCUUUUGC